AUGUUCCAAGUCAUUGGCCAUGGUGUUUGUUUGAGUCUUUUGGAGGAGGUUGAGGCGGAAGCUCGGCGGCUUUUUGAGCUUCCUGCUCGGCAGAAGAUGAAGGCGUUGCGUUCUCCUGGUGGCGCCACCGGCUAUGGUACUGCUCGGAUAACACCUUUUUUCUCUAAGAAUAUGUGGCAUGAAGGGUUCACCAUCAUGGGUUCUUGUGUUGAUCAUGCUAAGGAACUUUGGCCUCGUAACUAUAAACGUUUUUGUGACACAAUGGUGGAAUAUCAGAAAAAGAUGAAAGCUCUAGCCUACCAACUCUGGCUGUUAGUUCUCAAAUCAUUGGACAUACAAGAAAAAGAUGUAACCUGGGCAGCUUCACUCCAACACUCCGAAGCUGCACUGCAGCUUAACUCGUACCCUUGCUGCCCAGACCCGGACCGGGUCCUCGGGCUCGCCCCUCACACCGACACAUUGCUGCUCACCAUCGUCCACCAAAGCGACAGCAAUGGCCUCCAAGUCUUCAAAGAUGGAGUACUUGGAUGGGUUUCAGUGUCUCCAAUUGCUGGUGCACUUGUUGUCAAUGUUGGUGAUCUCCUCCAUAUCGUCUCGAAUGCUCGAUUUUUGACUGCUUAUCAUCGUGUCGUGGCGAAUCAGGCCUGCCACCGAGUGUCCAUCGCCUACUUCUAUGGCCCCCCUGCUGAGUCUGAACUUGUGCCAAUAUUGCCUAAACUUCAGGCUCCAUGUUAUCGUUCUUUGACAGUGAAACAGUAUGUAAGUGUUAAGGCCAAGCAUCUUGAAAAGGCACUUUCACUGAUUAGAAUUUAG